AGGGAUGCUUCGCGGCCUUAAACCUAAGCAGCGGAGCAGUCGGGGUUUAAGAAACCCAUGUGUACGAGACCAGCUGGCUGACUGAAUACAAGAACACGCCUCAUCCUCCUGACCAGAAUCCCAAUCCCACUCAUCCUCAUCAUCUACAAGAAUACAACCCAAGAACAUCUAGAACAUUCACAACACUCAUCCACACGUCCCCGAAAGCCUACCAUCACAACGCCGAACAACAUUUUUGAUUACUUGGACGCCCUUGACAAAGCCCCUCGGCCCGCUCACCGGAGCCUGCCUCGCCAAAAAAGAUAGCUGCCUUGAGUCACUCAACAACAACACCCACAUACAAAGCAGCCAUGUCGACCACUUCUCGAUCACCCCUCUCCCACUCCUCAUCAGCAUCGCCAUUGAAGCGAAAAGCAAUGUCGGUCACGCAAACAUACUACCUCGCUCACACUGCCCGCGGCAAGCUCUCUCACGAGGCUGCUAAGGCAGAUCACAACCUCCGCCUGCUCGUCGGCCACGCCAACCUCCUCGAUUCAUUGAUGCUCGACCUCGCAGAAGCUGAGCAGGAGCAAGAGAGCUGGUUCAACCAAUCCGUCAAGAAGGCCAGCAAGACAGAGGAGCCAAAGCACAUCCAAUGGGCUGACGCCGUUGUCGAAGAUCCCGAAGAGGACUGGCAAGCAGAGGACGCCGACUCUUCAGACUCAGAAAGCGAAUACGAUUCAGAUGACGAUAUGGAGAUGGAAGCUGGUGUCGUCUCAUUGCAACGGGUUCAAUCACAUAACAUCAUCGCGUCGGUAUCGAGUGUGGAUGAGGAGGAAUAUGAAGAUGACGAGGAGGACUACGAGGGGCUUCAAUUACAUCUCACACCAUCACACUCCGCCCACCCUCCUGAGCUAGAUCACGACUCCGACUCAUCAGAAGACGAAUCAAUGCCUCCAUCGCCUCCGUCAGACUCCCUCUCCAGCUUUUCCGAGAAACAGCAAAUCGCAACAACAUCCUUCUACGCCAAGCAACAACAAUCAAUACCACCGUCCGAGCAACAAGCCUUCUUUGAAGAAGGCUUCUACCUCCCUCAACGACCGCAACAGAGUUUAAUAUCCGCAAUCAGCGUCUACUAAACUCCUCGGUUCUCGGACAUUGGCAUUCACGGCAUUGGCAUAUUAGCGAUUUGAGCGUUUUCUCAGCGAAGCAUUGGGCGGUGUUUAGAAGCACAAAAAUACCACUUCUUGUUUUUCAUUUGCAUACACGUGGGGAUCUCAGGAUUGUAAGAAAGAGAUGAGAGGAAAUCGGUUCACACCACUCAGGUGCAAGGAGUUGAAGGGAGGGCGAUUUCCUAAGGUCUUUCAUGCUCCCUCGAUUCGAGGUUGAGCGAUCUCAAAAUAAUAGAUACAGUAGCAUCAAUCACAAACAUCUCAAAAAACAAUUACAUCAAUUCC